UAUCCCUCGGUGGCAUUCCUUCUCCUGAUGUUUUAAUGUGUUCAGGUCUGUCCCAGCAUUCCAGUCCCAUAAAUUCAGGAGGCGGAGAAAAGCAGCACGAAAGUUUCUCAUCAAGUUGUGGAUUAAAUGUCGAAUUUUUAAAGCCACCAUGAUUUUGUCCUCUCUCACUUUUGUGCUGCUGCUCGGCUAUGCUCGCUUGUGGACUGCAAUUGCCCAGUCUGUAGUGAAGAAGGUUGAGGAGCAGGAUGUUGUUCUACCAUGUCAGCAUCGCUUUGGUCAUUUAGUAUCAAAGAAUCUGGACAUUGAAUGGCUUUUGCAAGACUCUGAACCCAAUCAGAAAGUGGUGAUCACUUAUUCUUUGGGUUCAGUGUAUGAGAAUGUAAGUGCAAAGCUGAGAGGACGAAUCUCCUUUGCAGCAAAUUACCUGAUGGGGGAUGCUUCCAUUAAAAUAUCGUCACUGCGUUCAACAGACUCAGGACUGUACACAUGCAAAGUGAAAAAUGAAGGACAGUAUGACUUGAAGACUGCUAUUAAUCUUGUCGUUUUGGUCAAACCUUCCAAGCCUAAGUGCUGGACACAAGGACAAUUACUGCAAGGAAAUGAUAUAAAACUUAAUUGUAAAUCAGAAAAUGGCACCCAGCCAAUCUCGUAUAGGUGGAACCAUGUUUUGGAUACAGAAGGACACCAAGCCAAAUUUCAUCCGACCAUACACAAAGAUUCAAGAACCCCUGAAAUGUUUUUGCUGAAGAACUUGAGCUCGGAGAAUGCUGGACUAUACGAGUGCAAUGCCAGAAAUGAGGCGGGAGAAGAAAGCUGCUUCAUUAAUGUUACAAUUAUGCAUGUGAGAGAUCCUGGGAUCAUUGCUGGUGCUGUUAUUGGAGUUAUAGUUGGACUAUUGUUAAUUUUCCUUAUCGUGUGGUUCACACUGUACAGGAAAGAAAAGCAUAAAUAUGAGGAAGAGGAAACGCCAAAUGAGAUCAGAGAAGAUGCUGAGGCACCAAAGGCAAAGCUCAUCAAUGCACAGUCUUCAGUGGGGACUGGGAGCACAGGGUCUGGUUCCUGUUCAGUCAAGUCUGUCAGGAAUGGAACCCCUUACCCCCAGCAGCCUCGAACACCAUCAACUGAGGAGGAUAAGACACCCAUUACCUACACCCCAGCAGAGGAGGCCAAGGUUGAUAGCAGUGGACCAACCCAGGCACAUAUGAAAAGAAUGGGGGCAGUCCCUGUCAUGAUACCUGCCCAAACAAGGGCUUUUCAAACUGUGUAAGCUUUGAUUAGGAAGAGGAGAUGUUUUAUCAACUACUGUGUUGGAAAAUUUCAUCAGCUAAGUAAACACAUCAAAUUUAAGACUGGAAAGUCUGAGCUCCCCCUUCCGCUUUCUCAAUUUUGACAUGAGAAAAUUUUGUUGACUAAACAGGAUAGAUUUACCUAAACUUGGCACCUUCUCAUGUAUUACAUGCAUUAGGGAAGAAUUCCAGAAAAAGCAAUUUUAAUUGAACAAAUCUACUUUGCGCAACAAAGUUCUUAGGCAGGCUUCACUGACCUGUUCUCUCUCUCCCUCUCACUUUCACACAACACAUACACACAACCUCAAGAAAAUGAUUAAUUUCAACUCUAACUGAAUUCUGACUGAAUUUGCUGAAUCUCUGGAAUGGUCAGAUAUGAGGGAUAUUUUAACAUUGUUCAGAGCUGGUAAGUGAUGGCUUAUUUCAGAGCAUUAUUGAAAGCAAAGGGCAGAGAUUCAACAUUGUAUAACCUAUAGUACUCUGACUUGUGACCUGCUGCUGACAUUGAUUUUGUAAAAUAUGCCUUGGAAUACUUCAGUGUGAACAUUUCUGACAGCCCCAGUUGCCAUACCAAUCCCUAAUUUGUUUCUUACAUGUUCACAGUCAGUCCCAUAUUGGUCAAAUCUGAUUUUGAAAAGCCUUCUGCCCAUUCCAACCUAUUGCCUAGAAUUGGAUUCCUCUGUGAUUGCAGGCUGGGCACAUUUAACACUUACACUCACAGAAAAGGACAUUAAUGGAGAAUAACAUUUGAGCUGGGAAGCUUAAUAAGUAGUAAGUGCAUUUCAUCUAUUUGAAAAUAGACAGGUAUCACAGCACUAAUAUAUCUUGAUACAGCUCAGUGAAAGUGGCACUGGAGGAUAUUGGCUACUGGCAACUAAAAUUCUGGAGGUAACAAAUAUUGAAACAAUGAUGUCUAUUCAUGCCAAACAAGUACAGUUACGAUCUUUAAGUGUGCACACAGCUUGCCCAAGCAAAUAAGAAACCUUUGUUCAUUUUUUUACACGGACUUGUCAACUGUACAGUUUUUAACAAUGUGAUUACUCUUUAUCAAUCAAGAAGAAAAAUGUAUAACACACUACAUUGUACACCUGCCUCAUGAUUAACUUUGAAUAUCUUUGCUAGUCAUUGGUGGGUAAUCGUCAAUAACACAACCAUGUGCUGCAAAAGCUUGUGAUAUCACCAAAUAGGAACAUGGUUAGGUCAUUCAGCCCAUCUAGCAUGUUUCACCAUUCAAUUAGCUCUUGGUCGGUCUAUAGUUCAACUUCAUGUACCCCACCUUUGCUCCAUAUCCCUUGAUACUCUGACCACUUUGGGAAUAAUACUGGUCAAAAUGCUGCUUCAGAAAACUUGAUCGUAAUCUGAAUCCUAAAUUUCUUAACUGGUCUGUGAUAAUAUUCCUCCACUAUCCCUUAAAUCAUGGUGGCUUUCUUUACUCUCUCUUAGUUCAAUCUGGAUUUCUCUUAUAUUUUUCUAAAUAAUUUGUCACAUCAGGUGAUUUGACGGUAUACUUUAAAAAUUGUGGACAGGGAUUACUAUUAUUAUGGUUCCUAUUGCCAGCUGGAUGUCAAGAAAACUGGCAGGAAAAUGGGUAUUACAGUUUGUGUUGAUAAAACUAAAAAUGAUUUUGUCUGAGUUACUUUUAAGAUCUCAGCAAGUAAUUUGAGAAAAUUAAGUCAGCAUCUGAGAGAACAGCAGAUCUACUGUUUCACAUCUUACUCCUUUCUUCAUGACAUUUUCAUUCACAGGUAAUUAAUUUGUUUGAUCUAACUCAUCUGAGAUCUUUUAGCUGUCUGAUCCUAAUUAAUCUUUUAGUGAUGGCCUGAUAGGAAGUGAUGGCUCCUACAAGCACCAGUUCAAGCUUGCAUAAUGAGAUUGUUUUUCUUAGAGAGCUUACACAGAGUUAAAGUUGAAUAUUUUUGAAAAACUAUUUCAGACAAUGCUUGACAGUUAACUGUUGGUCACCAUUAAUUAGUGCAUUCUCCAUGGCAUCACCUCAACCAAUCAGAGUCCGCUUGCCAGCCGAUCAGCACUCUCAUCUCAUACAGUACAAAGUUGUUGCUUUCCUUGACAUUGUCCUGAUGAUUGCAAGAUGAGAAGCUUCCACAAAAUGUCUGUUUUCAGCAAUACUCAAGUUCUGUACUACCAAAUGACAAUUAGAGUUAAAGUUGGUGCCCUUCUUCUUGUGAUUGUUUCAAGGCUGUACAAAUCUUGGAGAAAUGCUAAAAAUGGAUGACCCCAUAGUAACCAAAAUUGUAUACCUACAAUUGUAUAGAAUUUAUAGCACAGAAAUAGGCAAUCCAGAACAACUGAUCUUUGGCAUUAUGCUCCACAUGAACCUCCCCCCACUCUAUUACAUUUAAACACAGCCUUCUAUUUCUUUCUCCCUCAUAUGUUUAUCUAGCUUCCCUUAAAGGCAUCUACUUAAUUUGCCUCAGCUGCUCUUUACAGUAGCAAGUUGUAACUGCUCUCUGGGUACAGGCGUUACCCUGAAUUACUUAUUGGAUUUACAAUUGACCAUCUUGUAUUUAUGGCCCACAGUUUUGGACUACUCCCCUGGCGGAAACACCUCUAUAUCUACUCUAUCAAACUCCUUCAUUAUUUUAAAUUCCUCUAUUAAGUGGUAAAACUCUCUAUAACAUCAGUACAAUUGUACUUUCACUUGCUUUAAUUGAUAUAAAUUACACUCUCAGUGAAUUUACAUUUCUGCAGAACUGUUAAGGGCAAUAGGAUGUCUGUUGACACUACUGUCAUUUUAAUCAUGCAGGUAUUUUCUGCUAACUCUACUAGAUACUAUUUACCUUAAUGACACCAGUAAAAGAGAAUUAUGUUUUGUUGAGAGAAUGAGAUUUCCACAACCAAUCCUAUAGUACAGGGAAGUAAAUCUUCUCCAGAUGUCCCUUAGGUAAUGGUCGGUCAGCAAAAAUCUUUUCCCCUUUCAUCCCACUGGUGUUCAGAAUUCACUCAUCAUAAAAUACUUUGCCCCCAACGGUAAAUUUCAUUGUCAUCUGCAUAUGUUAUAUCAUGUUUUCAGCCUCCCAAAAAUUCUGUACUUGACAGGCAUUACAAUUCCCUCCAAAAAAGGGCUUUGUACUUCAAUUUGUGUUGCCCCAGUCUUGGCAGAGAUAAUGACCCAAAAAUUUCUGUCAAAAUAACAGAGAGGUUAAUAGCAUUUGCUGUUAUUAAAGUGCAAGUACCACAGCAACUUCAGGUGAGGAUAGAUGUGCGAAGCGACACGUAAAUCCAAAUGUUGUUGUUCAAGCUGUGUUGCUCUGGUUGUUAGCUUUUCGAAAAUGGCAUCUUGCUGUCUGACUCCCAUUAAAAUACAGCAACUUCACACCACUCAAUGUAUUUGCAUGGUAGGUAUUUUGCAAAGUCGCUGUCCAAAGUUGUUAAUCCAUUUCAACUCUAAGAAAACUCUUAACGGCCUGAAAGGUGUUAAUUACUGCCAGUUAACCUCGCUGGCACUGAAAGAAAACCACUACUGGUGUGGAGCUUCAUUCUACUCUACCUUACACUUCCUGGUUCAACCUCUGCGCAGUUCUGAUUGGUUAAGGAGGUACACAGUUAUUUGCCCUGUUCACUCAGGUACUAGAUGCCCUUUAAAGGGUUGCACUCUUUCUAGCUCAUACUUCCAGCAAUUUAGAGCAAGACAUCAUGGAGAUUAAAAGACUAAGGGAAGUCCAGCAACAGGUGUUGUUUUUGGCCAGCCACAGCAAUUUUUAGCCCAAGAUAUGUGUCUAACUGAACAAAUGGGCUGUGUGCACUAAAUUUUAGAAAACAGGCUUCUGCUAAUUAACUUAACAAGAUGCCUCAUUAUUUACAAUUACUUUUGAUCUUUUGUUCUUUGAUGCUGGCUUAAUGUUGAAAUGAAGGCCCAAGAAUUACUUUGAAUGGAAAAAACCUCAUGGAUCACAAUGCAAGCUUUUAUUCAAUUAUAGACUUCUAAUCCCAAAAGAUUGGGCACAGGCAUCUGACAAAAAUGCUUAGUUAUUAACAACACUGUAAAAAGACCUGGGAAGCACAAGGGUCCAUAACUGUAGUGAAUAAGGGAAUUCACAUUUGUCUAACAUAUGGGAUAUGGUGCAACAUAUUGGAAUUCAGGGACUUGGGCCAAAUAUAGUUCAGAACCAUUGUGCUCAUGUCAUUCACACAGUAAGAACAUCUUUCAAAUCAGAUAUUCUCCACUUACUGAGAUUCACCAUGUAACUUAACCGGGGAAGCUGUAAUGUGCAGACAUGUUUUAUAUCCUGUGUGUACCUACCCUGUCCUUACUGUAAGAAAAAAAAUGAAGGGAAUUUUGAAAGGUAAAAUUUUGCAUAAAAUGCUUUUAAAAUUUGAUCAGACAGCCAAUAUAUUGGUAAAUGUGCGUUCAAAAUAAAAAUGAGCAGAUAAGUACUUUUCUGCCUGAAAAGGCAUCUAUACAAAUGACCCAAUGCCAAAGCAUAUUGAGGAUAUACUAUUCUGCUCAAAAGGGACACAACAACAACCAGGAUGUCUGAUGUAUGCGGACAAUUUUACACUUUGUUUACUUUUAGUUUUAUAUGUAUUUAAAUAGAAAUAUUUUUGUUCAUUAUUCUGCAAAUAUUUGCUUAAAGAUUUUUUUAAAACUGCUAAAUUUAAUCAUUUUUGCUUUUAGUCAGAGGAAGUCUGAAUGCAACACUUGAUGAUAUUAGUAUUGAAACUAUUGGCUCUUUGCCUUAUACAAGCAUUUUCUCUAGUGCAGCUUAGGGAGUUGCAGAAUCUUAUUAUGCCAAUAGCACGACUGAACCAAACAAUAAUGUAAAUGUUUGAACAUUGGUUAUGCAAAUAUAACCCAUCCAAUCAAAUUAUUUACAGCCAAAAAAACUAUUGGAGAUUUCUUUGCUGCUGGGUUCAGCUGAUAGAGGGCAAAGUUCAUUCAUUUGAUUUUCCUUGCUUAUAAAUUGUGAGAAUUAUUUGACUGGCUGUGAGAUAGAAUGUUGUUAACUACUAGUGAAGUAGUUUACUUGUGUAAGGUGUUGCAAAUUUCAAACAUCCUGGCAGAAACUAGCAAAGCUUUGAGUUUUGUUUAAAAAAAACUUUAGCUACAUUUUUGGUUAAAAGGGAGAGAAAGAGAAAGCCUUGUAUAUAUCAAACAGGACCUCUGAAAAGAGAAAUAAUGUUCAGAUAUGAACUGCUUUCAAUAUUUAAUAUUACAAUAAGCACAAAACACCAAACCAUAAUGUUGUUUAAUUAUCCAACACUUCCCAGUGCUUAAUCACUCAACAGUGUACUUUACAGGAAAUUUUUCAUCAUUUGUUCUAUAAAAUUAAUUUUAGCUUUUAAAAUGCUUUCUAUAAAUGCAAUCUUUAUAAUGAGCUGUAACAAUCUAAUGGAAGUAUGAAACUUCAUAGGUGCAUAAAGACUGCUAAAUAUUGACUUCACUUCCCGUUUUCCUUGCUAUUGAGCACACCACAUGAUAUAGAACUCCUCAGAUGUGAGGAUGGGCAGGUAGCCUCAGCUACUAUUGCUCAUUGGGCAAAUGAUAAUGUACAAGAGCAACUUGAGAUGCCUCUCAUAAUUUCCCUCCCUCCUAGUGAUGAACAUUGUGGCUUUUACCUGGUGCUCCCUCCAAUCCCUGUUCCCCACCACCCCCCCCACCCCAACAACCCACCAAAUCCACAUGACACAACCAAUAUCAGAUACAUGAAUCUAAAUCCGACCCCGAUGAUACCCGAGUGCUAAGAAAUAAUAUUAAACUUUAAAUUAUAUUAAGUAUACCAGCUGCUGCCUUGUUAGUGUGAUGCAUGUUUACACUUGAAUUUAAAAUGUAAAAAGUGGAGUAGCAGGAAAAGGUGCAGUUUAGCAAGUGUUAAAUACUGAACAGUAGAAGUAAAAAAUAAAAGCUGUGAAUACUGGAAAUUUGAAAUCCAAACAGAAAAUAACGUAAUGCACAACAGGCCCAAUGGUGUCUGGAAAGCCAAGAGCCAGGGAGAGACUGGUAGUCAUGACUAUUCUGACAAAGGGUCUUUAUUCAACAUAUAAACCUGGAUUUUAUCUCUUCAAUUGUUGACAGGUCUGCUCUGCAUUUACAGAUUUUUUUUUUGUUUUUUUAUGUCAUGCAUGUAGAUUGAAAUAUUUGAAAAUUACAGUCCUAUGUUUAUACACGUCAAGACAUAUUUGAGGAACAAGUGAUUCCAAUUUUUAAAUAUAUGAUGGGCGUUUUAUGUGUGUUUUAUGUUUUGUUCUUAUUGUCUUUUUUGUUAGCAAAUGUUGUACUGCAAGAUUUCAGAACUGCCGUUUCCACUCACCAGCUGUCCUUGACGGCUUAAUGCUGACAAAUUUACAUGCUGAGGGAAGAUAAUGAAAUGCCUGUACAAUCUGCAGCUAACUAGUUAGUCCAAAGCUUGUAACUACCGCACCUAGAGACUCAUUAAUGUGAUUAAAUAAAAUCCUAACAUGAAAUUGUGGUAAAGCUACUAGGGAAACUGAAGCCAGCUUUCCUCAAGGCACCCAGGACCCUAGUUUAAUUAAUUGCAAGCUGUUGUAGUUUAAAAGGAAUGGUGCAAAAAGAAUGUAUUAUGUUGGACUAACAUUUGGUGGUAAAUGAAAUACCAGAAUUUGUUUGUUCAGGAGAUUCUGUUUUUCUGUUACUUGUUUUAAUAGUAUUUCAAACUAUAUGUUUAACUGAGCACUGUAAUAGUAACUUGCAUCUGACUUUAGUGGGAAAUAUUCCAGUUAAGGUAAACCUUUUAUAUAUAACACUCAAUAGAUAUUAUAAAUGUUUUAUUUGCCUAAGGUACGAAAAAGUAUGGAUAAUUUGACCAUAGUCUGUCUUGCUGCACAAAACUGUGACUCAGUUGUGAAUAAUAGUCAUACGUGGGUAGGAUAGGGAUACCGCGGAAAGGAAUGAAUGGAGCUUUAAUUGUCUCAUCAAAAUAAAAUCACUGCAAAACAUUAAAAGGGAUAGUAAUUUUUGCACUCUGUGGUACUUUGUUGCCUUUUAAACUACUUGUUUGAAAUUUCUUCUGCUCCAAAAUACUUCAUCUGUAAAAUUAGAAGCAUCUGCAAGGGAUCAUCUUUAGACUGUGAUGCACAAAGCAUGCUCACAUUUCAAUCAUAGGAUGACAUGAGAGAAAUAACACUGUACCCUGGAUAAUGCAGCAAAUAUUAAUGUAAAGAGUUUCUCAUUUCAAGUGCAAAUGUAUAUUUUUAUAAUUUACCACAGCAUUUCCUGGUUUGGAUGUUGUAAUAUUCUCAGUAAAAUAAUAAACAUAAUUCAUCUUC